UGGGGGAGGAGCCGAGCGGUUCGCUUAGGGGAGCAGCGCUGGAGCUGUGGUCCCGCGGCCGCUAUGAGCUGCACCAUCGAGAAGAUCCUGACAGACGCUAAGACGCUGCUGGAGAGGCUGCGGGAGCACGAUGCGGCCGCCGAGUCGCUGGUGGAUCAGUCGGCGGCGCUGCACCGGCGGGUAGCGGCUAUGCGGGAGGCGGGCACAGCGCUUCCGGACCAGUAUCAAGAGGAUGCAUCCGAUAUAAAGGACAUGUCCAAAUACAAACCUCACAUUCUGCUGUCCCAAGAGAAUACACAGAUUAGAGACUUGCAGCAGGAAAACAGAGAGCUAUGGGUUUCCUUGGAGGAACACCAGGAUGCUUUGGAACUCAUCAUGAGCAAGUACCGGAAACAGAUGUUACAAUUAAUGGUUGCUAAAAAAGCUGUGGAUGCUGAACCAGUCCUGAAAGCUCACCAGUCUCACUCUGCUGAAAUUGAGAGUCAGAUUGACAGAAUCUGUGAAAUGGGAGAAGUGAUGAGGAAAGCAGUUCAGGUGGAUGAUGACCAAUUUUGUAAGAUUCAGGAAAAACUAGCCCAAUUAGAGCUUGAAAAUAAGGAACUUCGAGAAUUAUUGUCCAUCAGCAGUGAGUCGCUUCAGGUCAGGAAGGAGAACUCAAUGGAUACUACUUCCCAAACUAUCAAAUAACUUCAGCUUCUGAAUGAUGGCCGGAGAUUGUUUAUCAAGGAAGGAAGUUCCUGUCUUUCUCUUCGAGUAUUAUCUUUUCGCUGUCUUCCCUCAGACUUGAUUUAGUGUUGAUCAAAGGAAUCAGUAACAAUUUAGAGUUGGCAGUCAAAA